AUGAAGCUCCGUCUUCUGUACAUCUGCUGUGGUUGGCUGGUAAAAGCUCUAGCCCAUGACUGUGACUUGGAGCGGUUCGAAUCGCUAUCUAAGAGUCUCAAAUAUGACCCUGCAUCACUCAAUAGUUGCCAGCAGAUAAUAGCUCAAUUGGAAGAUUGCAGUGAUUUAAACCCUAAAUCUAGACAAAGACUUCUUAAUCAAUUGUCAUAUAGGGCUGGCAUUAUUCAACUUUCUUUGAAUCAGGAUUUAAAUGCCAUAGCUUCGUUUGAGCGUGUCAAUGGCACUGAAGACUCCUUCAGUCAUCUAUCCCAAAAGAGGGUUGGAACAUUGUAUGCCGAAUUUGGGAUGUGGGACAAAGUCGAUACUGAGAACGAAAUACGGCAGGAGUUCCAGGCCAUCAACAAGUCGGUUCAUUCGAAAUGGGACGCGAACCACGAUGUUGCACAGAUUGAACCUGAGUUACAACAUUUACUUCGACUAUCUCCCUAUAGUCUUGAGACUAGGAAUUUUUAUCUCGAAACUUUACUUGUGAAACUUGCAAACAGUAUGGAUGUCUCCACGGCCCAUGAGACCAUAAAGACUAAUGAAAUAGUACUAGACAAGUACAGCUCUAGGAUCUCUUUGGAGAAGAGAAUACAAAUGCAUUACACUUCGGCAAUAAUCCAAACAUUUAUUCUCAAUACGGAGCCUACACACUUGCGAAAGUGUCUAGCUCUAGACAUGAAUUUCGAACCAUGCCGAAGGUUAACUCUUCUGCACAACAGGUUGAAGAAGGUUAAUCCAGCUCGCCCACAGAUACUAGAUCCAGAAGUAUAUGUGACUGGAGGAAGAAAUGGUGCUGACUGGCAAAGAAUCGUGCAGUUCUACCUAAGAGAUAAGAAACCUUGUGCCAAAUUGCCUUUGGGCUACAAAUUCGAGAACAAUUAUAAGCUCGUAUUGCGUGUAGCACAGAUGUCAUUAGAAGAACUAUUUACCACCCAAGGGUCCACCAGUCGCUUCGUUACCGAUUUCCACAAGUUUAUCGAUGUUAUGCUAUGUCAGGCCGCCACUGAAUCACCCUCAACAAAAUCGAUGACCCAGCAGUUUUGCAAAUUAUCAUUCGAAGAAAUCAUACCAGCUGACACUAGGAAAGAGAUCCACAGAUUGAGCACGACUAACCAAAAAGGUCUCGAAGCUAUCUUGACAAACAUCUGGAAUUCAUACCCACACCUUGCCGUUUAUGUGACUCAAACUAUUCUCAGUGAGUCCAAAAAUCCUCCCAGUGCGAUCCAAGACGAGUUGCACAAGUUCUUCAACGAGAACCACCUGGCAAAGUCUGCCAACAAAUUGAUUCAAAACCAGUACAAUACAAUCAGUAACAUGAUAAGGGAAAGGCAACGGAAACAUCAGCAGCAGCAGCAAUGGAACUUCCAACAACAACAAAAACAACAACAAUAUUAUAGACAACCUCCGCCACCAAACACCCCACGUACUGAUAGGGAUUACUAUAAAAUUCUGGGAUUACCAAAGACUGCGACAUCCAAAGAUAUCAGAAGAGCGUACCUUGAUUUCACCAAGAAAUACCAUCCUGAUAAACAAGGACAACUAUCUGAAAAAGAGGAGAGCAAGAUUCAUGAAAAGAUGUCGCAGAUCAACGAAGCUUACGAAACUUUGAGUGAUGACACCAGACGUAAAGAAUACGACCAGGCCAGGUCAAGUGGAUCAAGAAGCGGCCCAAUGAACCCUAAUAUGUUCAGACACGCAAACGCAAGAGAAGGCCAAGGCUCGUCACACUUUGGUAAUAAUUUUAAAAUGAAUUUUGGAUUUGGUUAUUGA